AUGUCCCGUCGUUCAGGUAGGAGGUCAGUCAAUUUGGACUCUAAGAAGAGCAGCGGGGUGCGGUCUGAGCUAGGCUUGCACGAAACCGAUGCAUCUUUACGAGAUCGUCGCCAUGAACGAGAGAUCUCAGCCGAAGAAGACGACGGCGACGGGGAAGAAGAGGAAGAAGAAGAAGAAGAAGAGGAAGUCACGAGGUGUAUAUGUGGAGAAGACGAACUACAAAACAAUCUCAUCAACCCCGAGUUGGCUCAGUUUUUGAGAAAGGAGUUCAAGAUUGAUAUCGACCAGGGAUUAUUCAUUCAAUGCGACAAGUGUAGCGUUUGGCAACACGGGUACUGUGUGGGACUUUACGAAAAUGAUGAUGUCCCCGAUAAGUACUGGUGUGAAAGGUGCAAACCCGAGCUACAUAUCAUUGUCCAGGACCCAUUUCUGGAUAGAACUUUAUACAAGCCAGUGAAUGAUCAUCGGAAAAAGAUUGAACAGUUUGGCAAGCCUGAAGACGUCAAACCUGAAACCCUGGACAAGAAGAAAAAAACCCUUGCUGCAGUCAAGGAGAAACGCAAGGACAGAAGGUUGCAUCAUCAGCAUGAAGACGAGGAUGAGUACGAUAAGCAGUUGCAGAAGGCGUUGCGGGAAAGCGCAAAGGAGUCGGGGAUUAUCACUGUCGAGGAGGCCGAUACCAGUGGUCGCAUAUCACCGAGAAAGAGACCAAACAGAACAGCAACUGCAACAGGAGCAGGGGCAAGCACCACGGGGUCAGGCUCGAAUUCAAAAAGCACCUCGGAGCAAGUGGACGAUAUGGCAAGCUCAAGACCAAAGCGCAUCAAGCUGGAGACGGAAGCCGAAACUGAAAACGAGGCAGCAAGCACUAGCAAUAAGAGCGAGAUUCUUGCAGCUGACGUGCCGAAAUCACGAAGCAAAUCAAAGAAGAAGAAGAAAGAUAGUGGCGGCAAGAAAUCCGUUGUUUCGAACUCAUCUUUGUCCAAUCCAAACCCCACUUCAACAUCCACGGUCUCUUCGUCCCUGUCCUCCUCCUCAUCAUCAUCAGUGUCUGGUGGUGGUGCUAAACAUAAUCACAAGUCAGAUAACGCCGAGUCAGCCACGAGCAAAGAAGAACUCAUACAAUUACCAUUCAAGCCCCGGUUCGUCAACGACAAGGCCACCUUCCACGACCUCCGCAAACGCACAAGCGCCAUCAUUGAAUGGAUAGCUCGCACGCAACGCGAGUUGCAAGAUGAAAAACUGCACAAGUUGGAAUUGUUCUCCUUCACUCCCGAUACGCUCCAGGUGCAGCAGGAGAAAAGGGCAUUGGAGCAAUCUUUCGACUUGAAAGGUGCCAUGAUUGACGAAUUGAGACAAAAGAUCAACGAAUGGGAAUUGCAAUUUGGGAAAUACGCACCAUCUUAG